UAACACUAGCUGUCAUAAUUUAAUAAACAGCGUUAACAUCUGUAGACAGAGCCCUGUCCAGCCUCCUUGCACUAAGCGUGUUUAUCUGCGGACUAGAGGAAAUGUCAGCCUUCCCUCCAAACUCUUCCCAGCGAGUCCUGGAAGUGGAGGCAAGAAUGAGAGACGAGGGCUUGAGCCUAUAAAACGGAGACAAAGUAGGAUGAUUUCACGAUACAACAGAAGACCUGUAUCACACAAACUUGAAAUUCGUGGGUUGUCCCGAAGCAGCCUAGACCACCACCCUCUCCCAGAGGAAGCAGACGAUAACCAAACCCCUCAGCGCUACCUCCAUGACCUCCAGGAAGCUGUUUCCGCUCACAACAGCUCAGAGACGUCUGCUGCCUCAGGCCACUCUGACUGUUGCACUGUCAUCUCAGUAGACUCCAACCAGUCCUGGUCAGGUAUCCAAAGCUUCACAGGCACUGGCAUAUCCACAGAGAGGAGCUCUGUUUUCUCCUGGGGCUACGAUGAGUUCGACAAGGCUGCGUCACGACAGGUGCAGCAAAUGUUUGAGGAGAUCGACAAAGAGCUGUAUGAGGGGAAAGGCAUUGGAGGCGGGAUACUCCAGGGGCUGCAGGACGAAUGUCAGCAGUGGGCCACACGUUUCCCACAUCUUCGGAUCCUGGGGACUCAGCUGGUGUAUCCCAGUGAUGAGGGCUUCCAGUGGUACGCUACUUCAGGGAAAGGCAGCUCUGCCAGCAGCCCAUCAGCAAGCAAAGAGAGCAGUGUGAAGUCCCAUGAGACGGAUAAGGGUGGCACAGAGUUGAACGUGCAGGGCAGGAGAGCGGAGCUGAUCAAGUCCUCCUCGACAGAGCUGCACGGGCCUCCUGGCACCUCCGAUGACUUCAGCAGUCAUUAUAGGCCGAGAGUGAUUGAAGUGGAGGGUCUGAUGGAGGAAUACCUGGCUUUUGAUAGCAGGGACUUGGAAGACGAGUGGGAGCAGGAUUGUUCAGAGUCAGGUCGGAGGCAUCACUCUCUACCCCCUGUCUCGCCUUACCGGUGUCGCCGUCAAGCUGUUCUUGACUUGCUGUUUGAUGAUGUGUGGCAGCAGCUGGUUGGCUGGAUGAAAGAGCUAGUUCAACGCCACUGGGAAUGCUGUACCUCAAAUGAUGAAAAGAUUCCUGGAAACUUGAGCCCCGUGCAGCAGGACUCCAAGAAUCCCUUCAUGCUGCUCUCCACGCUGCCCACGAUGCUGCCCAAACUUAGCCAGAGCAGGGUUCCCCCGCUCACAGCUGGCCUGCAGUUCCAGAACUCAAAGUCAAGGGGCUCAAAGCACAAGUCCAGACGGAAAUCCAAAAAGCAGAAAAGGCCGUCCACUGCUGGACGGGUCCCAGUUGGAGCAGGGCCCACCCAGCACAACCUGAACGACCUCAUCGUGAUCCACAGCAUCCCCCUGCAGCAGAGGAACCUGGGUGUGCUGGAUAGAAACCAGGAGCCAGAAGAACGGGCAUCCCACAGACCAGGCUCCAGCGUCGUCCCCUCCAGCAAACCUCGCCCUCGCCGAACCCUGGAACAGAGCUCUUCUUCGCUGUCCCGCCCGGCACACUCAGCUCGACGCAGAAACCCUCCUCCCCGGACUCUCCUGCCACUGGUUCCCAGCCUGAGUCAGUCCAGCACAGUGGGAUCCAUGGAUGAGGUCGUCCGCGGGACACGUCUACCCACGGCCAGUGACCGCCUGACGUCUCCACUGUUGCCUCUGAGCAGAAACACACUCCUUCCCCCCAUCAGCAGCGGGGACCCAGAUACAUCUCACUCAGGGCAGCAGUCCAAACCUGCACAGCGUCAGAAAGGCCCAUCCAGCCGCGCCCACAGUGCUAUAAAUGACGAAGGUGGCAGUUCAAUACCAAGGGAUCGUCACCACCUGCUGGACAUCUUCUCUCGCCCCAACACCACUCACACAUACAGGUCGGACACUCCGUAUCGUCGUUCCUUCACAGUAUUGGACAACAUUGGGCAGGGGCGGCCAGGCAGAGCCUCUGUGGGCACAGACUCUCUUGGAAUCGGUGUGACCGGCGUCAGUCUUGGCAUCAGCAGCUCAUCUUUCUUGGACUCGUUUUCCCACCACCCCUUGGGGCACUCGCCCAUCAAAGACGAAGAGGAGCCAGACCCACAAGCCCCUGUCCCAGCUCCACCAGUGCCUGUGUCAGUCCCACCUCGGUCUUACACCCGUGGAGGCAUCUCAUCCAGAGCCAGCAGACCCGGCUUGUAGUUUGCUUCUGACCUCCAGACCCUUCAGCCAUUCAAUUUUAUACAGCACAACAAAGUGCAACACUCUGCAGCAUCUGUGCCCACUAAACAUUUUUUUGUCUUACUCAAGUAGCAUAAUUUUUUCAUAGUAUGCUGCUUUCGUGAGGUUUUUGUUAGAGGCCUAUUUUUGUAUUUCAGAAAUCAGCUUAUGUGGCUGCCAAACACAAAUAACUGUCAACAGUAACUCCAUCUUCGUGUACAGUGUGAGCCGUAUGUGUAGACAUUGGUACGAUGUAUGUAUGAUCUGACUGUGUUUAUAUCUAUUUAUACGUGAACGUACUGUAUAUUAUCCUCUGCGGUGUGUUGUUAUACUGUUAAAUGACUAUACAGGGAAUAACACAUCCAUCCAAACAGGGACAGAGAGGAUAAAAAGCACUUUUUUUCCCUCUCUGAUGCUACAUCAGAGAGUUUGGUACUGUAUCUUUUAUAAGGACACAAAAAAAAAAAUCUACCCAGAGCCUCUUAAUUUCAUAUCAUUGCACACAGGAAAGAGAACAAGAGACGCCACCUUGAAAGUUUUUGGUUGCCUUUCUUUCCAUUUCAAAUCAUAAAUCAGAAGAGGUAAUAGGGUGGAUGUAUAAGCACUGACAGGACAUCUCUGCAGCCCACAUCCUUUUAAGACUACACCUCAAGAUAAUGUAGGAAUGCAAGAGGCAGUUACAGGAAACUGUUUGUAAAUAUGUCUGUACAAAAUACUGUAUUUGAUUUAAAUGUAUCCUUAUUACCAGAGUAAAACCAAGUGAGGUUGCUUUGACAGGUAACAUCAGGGUUACUGCAAAAAAAAAAAAAAAAAGGGUAGUUUUCCCUUCAUUCAUUAUUGAAAUAAUAUAUCCGCCAACCAUGCUACAAAAGGUGACAAAGCUUGAAAAAUCAGUUUUUCUUCAAUGCUUUUUCUUUGAUUUUAUUUUAU